AUGGAAAUGGUGAAUACACUAGGAACAACAGCUACAGUAUCAACAACAGCAGUAAUACAACCAUCAGAUGCCACAACAGAAUCACCGUCAGGAGCAGAGGUCAGUCAAGCCACAGCAGGAGUGGUGGCUUCAGCUCAAAAAGAAGUAACAGCAACAACAGCAGCAGUACAAAUACCAGAUGCCACAGCAGAACCACCAUCAGCAGCAGUACCAGCAGAAACAUCAGCAGAUAGUCAAGCCACAGCUUCAUCUCAUAAAGAAUUAAUCACAGUGGAAACUGUGAUAUCACCAGGAGCAACAACAGCAACAGUAGGCAUAGUCACAACAGUAGCUGACAAUCCACCAUCAGCCAUGGCAGAACCACUACCGCCACCAGCAGUAGCAGCAGUAGAUGAAUCAGCAUCAUCACUAAUCCCAGUAACAAGACCAAAUACUAACAGGGUGAGCAAAUAG